AAUUAUACGAGCUAAAUAAAUAAACUGUGACUGAAGUUGAAGAGAUCUGUGGAUUAUUUCCCCUCGAUGACAGACGUGAAGCGGUUUAUAAAUAAUGAUUAUAUAAUGAUUUAUUGCUGUUAAAACACAGCAUGUGGCCUUUGAAAGGUCCCCAUCCGACCUGUGACCUCUGACCUCCAGCUCCGGGAGCUGACAGGAGCCUGCAUGGAAGCCCUGCAGGAGGACCAGCACUCCUCCCCUCCUCCUUUCCUCCCUCCCUCUGUUUUAUUGCCCUCCCCUGAUGUGGGACAGGGUGUCGCCAUGGUGACGGAGUAAACAGAUGAUAACAAGCCGUGAGCGCUGCAGAGCUCACUGAACGCUGCAACCGCCGCUGAGACAGGAGAGACCGAGGACAGAGGACAGACAGAUAUUUUGCCGCCAUGGCAGAGAGUGCCGACAUGGAACAGCUCCUGGCGUCCUUUAAGAAGUUCGCCGUCCACGGGGACACGAAGGCCACGGGGAAGGAGCUGAACGGGAAGAACUGGGCCAAACUGUGCAAAGACUGCAGAAUCGUGGACGGAAAGAACGUCACCAGCACCGACGUGGACAUCGUCUUCUCCAAAGUCAAACAGAAGACGUCUCGGGUCAUCACCUAUGAGGAGUUUCGGAGCGCUCUGGAGGAACUGGCCCCAAAGAGGUUCAAAGGUCAAAGUAAAGAGGAGGCGCUGGAGUCCAUCUUCAAACUGGUGGAAGGUAGAGAACCCACCAACGUCGGCGUGACGAAAGUGGCAAAGACGGCGGCGGUGGACCGUCUGACCGACGCCUCCCGUUACACCGGAUCACACAAGGAGCGCUUCGAUAAGAGCGGCAAGGGCAAAGGUCGGGAGGGCCGGGAGGAGCUGGUGGAGAACACGGGUUACGUGGGCGCGUACAAGAACGCGGGGACGUACGACACCAAGCUGAAGGCAGAGAAAUAACCAGGCGGGAAGCAGAGCUGCCUGCUGGGAGCUAACAGGAAGUACUCAGUCUGGACCAAACCCUGAACUUUGACCCCUCUGCGUGUGUGUGUGUGUGUGUGUGUGAACUGGACACGCUGACCGAUGAGCUGCACUCAGAUCAGAUUGUAAACUCUGGAAACACGUGACAGAAGUAAUGCAGUUUGUAAUAGUAAUAAGUAAUCAGUCCCUCUUCAUCACAUGUGAACCAGGAGAGAGCGGGACGUGUCCGGAGAGUUCAGUCAGAAUGGCUCACAGAGUUAUAGGCCACGCCCACACGUCAACAUGACACUUGUGCUGUGUCUCAGUCCGCGCACUUCCAUACUUACACUUACUAUUUUGAGGGCAUAAGUGUGUUCACACUGAGAAUAACGGCAAAAAGCAGUACACUACCCUGUCAAAAUACUGCACUAAGCAUAUAAGUACAUAGUGUACGCAGUGUACUGCAUGUUAAUAUACUAAAGGAAGUACCCGAGUUGAGACACAGCAUUGGUAUUUUGUGGCGCCCCCUAUGAGUCGUCUCAAACUGCUCUGGCACGCCUCUUCCCAAACUGAAGAAACCCCCCACAAUUAAUGAUGAUUGGAUAAACCGUUAAUGUGUUGUGGCCAAUUUCCUGCUAAGCCCCGCCCUUUCCGAAGAUGCUUUGGUUGAUGGCGGCCAUGUUUUUCUUCCUCAUGUGUACCUCAGUCCUGUGAUGCUGUAUCCCACACUGAUAGAGUCAAAUUUAAAGUCAUGUGACUGUUUCCCACAUUAUGCAAAUUAGCAUAUGAUCCAUGAUGGUGGCCUUUAUGGUCCAAGAGGAUUUAGUAGAACUGAGCUCGUCGUUCGAUUGGGCCAUUAUUUCUCUGGAAGCACUUUGUUUCCAGCUCAAACAAGUCAGCGGUGUCAGCGGUGUCAGCGGUGUCGUGAGCUCAGCUCACAGUUUCAGUUGUGUAUCUUUGAUCUACAAAAGCUUUUUGAUCCACGUUGAACCUGAGAGUCAGGAUAUGUUCUUCUUUGAUUCUUCUAUAUUUCCAUGUUGCAGCUUUGUUCUUCCUCUGCAAUGAUUUAAAGGUUUUGUUUCUGUCCGACUCUCGACGCAGAAACUGGACUCGAGCUGCACUGGUUUCUUUAUGAUUGACAUUGAAUGAAUAAAGGCAAAAAACAAACGUG